AUGAGUCAGAUAGCACAGCAGUUAGCAAACACUCAACAGCCGGGCGCUUUACCAAGUGCCACAGUUACCAAUCCUAAAGAUCAUAAUAAUGUGAGCGCUAUUGUUACUAGGAGCGGUAAAGGGAAAGGUGUAGUUGAAAAUAAUGACGAGGAAGAGGAACCAUUGUUGGAGGUAGACUUAGAGAUAAGAGAAAAUGAGUUAGAAGCUGCGGAAGUGGUGGUGAUGGAACCAACACCGAAAGAGAAGGUGGUUGAACAAAAACAGAAGCCGGCAGUAAAACUUCCUUUUCCAGUAAGGAACAAGAAAAAAGGACAACAUGAGAAGAAUUUUGAAAAGUUCUUGGAGAUGUUCAAGAAGCUGGAAAUUAAUAUCCCAUUCUUGGAGGCAUUAGAACAAAUGCCUACUUAUGCAAAAUUUAUGAAGGACAUCAUCUCUAAGAAAACAACCAUCGAUCGUGACCCUAUUAUUCUAACCGAAACGUGUAGUGCUAUUUUGCAGGGUAUGAAGAUUACGGUGAAGAAGAAAGAUCGAGGUUCCGUGACUAUUCCUUGUACAAUUGGAGAUAGGUCAUUCAAGAAAGCUCUAAUUGAUUUCGGAGCAAGUGUGAGCCUUAUGCCGUUGUCUAUCUACAAGAGAUUGGGGAUAGGUAAUGUACAAGAUACAAGAAUGACACUCCAGUUUGCUGACCACUCUGUUAAAAGACCUUAUGGGAUAGUAGAAGACGUGCUUGUGAAAAUCGACAAAUUCGUGUUCCCCGUGGAUUUUGUAAUUCUAGAGAUGCCGGAAGAUGAGGAGAUUCCUAUUAUUUUAGGAAGGCCAUUCCUAGAGACAGGGCGAUGUUUGAUAGACAUUGAAGAAGGCACAAUGACCCUGAAGGUUUAUGAUGAAGAGCUAAAGAUUGAUGUACGCAACACCAUGAAGUACAAGGAUGAUAUAGCAACUAGUCAACACAUUGAGGUGAUUGAUCAAAUCUGUACUAAUGAGAAUUCUUUGCAAAUACAACAAUUACCUUUGGAGAGAGUGUUGAGCUCGUCUGUUUGA